AUGGCGGAUCGACAGGCUACCCUGCAGGGCAUCCUCAGCUUGCUAAACAAGCUGGAUGAUCCCGAUGCGGAUUUGCGAUACAUGUCACUCAAUGACCUGUUCAACAUAUUGAGCAGCUCCAACUCUAAUUUCCUCUCGAGCGAUAGCCGCUCAUCCACCAAGCUAGCAGAGGGCUUGCUAAAGGCUUUGGACGAUCAACAUGGCGAGGUGCAAAACCAGGCGCUAAAAUGUCUUGGUCCUUUGGCCACCCGACUCCCAUUCGAAUCGCUGGUUCCUCUUUUGGAGAGGUUGAGUAACCUGACUGCAUCACCAACGAUCGAUACAUCUGUCCCCAACACCGCCCUUCGGGUCAUAGUCGACAUGCUCCCUCGCCCUCAAGCGGGCCAGCCAGCACCUCCCAACACGGUCACCGCUUACAACGCCCUCUCCAAAGUCUUGAUCCCGAGACUGACCGGUCCGACUCAGUCAGUCUCUGGUAGACGUGGCUCUUUUGUCUCAGGAAUGCUGGAGAAAGAUCCAUCCAAAGGCUUCAGCAGCGACGCAAUCGACGUGCUCAUCAAGGUUGUCACAUGUUUUGGGCCCCUACUUCAAGAGCAUGAGCUGUCUGCUCUCCAAGAGCCGGUCAUGGCUAUCAUUGACAACGAUACCGCGGGUACUGUGGUUACAAAGCGUGCCCUCGCAGCCAUCUCAGCUCUGGUCCUUUACUUCUCCGAUAGUCAACUAAAUGCCUUCGUCAAACGCCUCACCGAGAGCCUCUCUUCGCCGAACACAUCAACUGUGCGCCGACGACAUUUGAUUGCAACCAUUGGUGCUAUCGCCCGAACAGCCCCGGCCAAAUUCGGUCCCCAUUUGAACAGCCUGGUUCCGUUUGUGUUCUCGGCUGUUGGGGAGGAGGAUCUGGUGCAGGUGAACUAG